CAUCAUCCAGUUGUCUUUUAUCACUCGUCGGGAACGGUGUCGGUUGAAGAUUUCGCGAAGAAUUGUUUGCAUUUGAAAAACAGAGUUAUCCGUUCGAAUUUGACAAAGUGUUGUGUGAAAAUUGCUCGUUAACGUUUUUUUCUAUCGAAUCAUAGAAACUGAUUGGUAGCAGCGGGUUUACGUGUUGAUUGGAACAUUUCGUGAAUUAUAUUAAUUGUUCCGAUUACAUGUCGUACUGGAUUGCAAUUGGGAUUUAACUCGUAUUCUAAUUGGAUUCUGUUGGCGUCGGAAGAAAAUUUCUUUGAUUUUCAUGAAUGAAAACCAACACAAUCGUCGUACGAGCAACAGCGUGGAAAACUGCAGCCCACGAGAAGCUUAUCUAUCAGUUUGACUAGAUUUAAAUUGAAUAGAUUUAAUUGCUUUUGCCUUUCGGGGUUCAAGUACCUACCCGGUUGCAUUUCGCGUCGUCGAUCCUCGACAGAGCCGACUGUGAUGUGACUAAUUGUGCCUCCGUGAGUUCGUCCGCAUUGGUGUCUCCUAGCAAAGGAAUAAAAAAGUUGUUGCAAACGGAAGAAAAUUAUUCCCUCAGUUGGCGCGCCGCGAAGUGAUUGCGUGUAUGCGUGGAUCGCGCGAAAAAAUUAUCACUCAUCACGGUUGAAGAUAAAACGAAGAAGAAGAGAAAAAACCGCAAACAGCCCGUGAGUGCGAAGGAUAGCUUAUUUUUCCUGCCAACGGAUAAUGCAGUCCUUGCCACCGGGGACGACAACGCCAGUGGCGAUGGUGGCAAAGCGAAAGGUUCUGAAUUGCAGCGUCCCGAUGUCGUCAUCUGGUAAAAAGGCCGGAAACACUCGAGGUGAUGCUGCGUCAUUUCAGCUCCGGGUUCUGUGGCUGCUCCUGGCGCUGCUAUUCGGCACGUUUGGCGUGACUCAGUGCAAUGACCAUGACAUUUAUUACCCAACAUCUCGACUUCAUCUCAGCAUUCCGACUUCCCGAGAAUCCUACAUCAUGUUACGUGCACAUCCGCUACUGAAUCUUUCCCCGCCGCAGAAGUAUCGCUCUGAACGAUACAGCUACGCAAUCGAAAGUCCAGUUGAACACUAUCUGAAGAUUGAUGCAAACUCCGGGGAUGUUUGGAUUGAUUCUCAUUUUUUCAACCAACGAACGAAUGUCACAGAGUUUAUCAUUUCCGCUAAAAGCCGGCGAAAUGAAUUACGACUGAGUUUAACCAUCACGCCCGUGCCUCUAGCCGAAGGUCAACUGCCAAAUUUCUGCGAAGAGCAUUUGAAUGAUAUCUGUUUCUGGGAAUCGGCUACGUACAAAAUCAGAGAAAAUGAACCAAUUGGAUUCGAAAUCGGUUCAAUUGGGCCGAACCUGUACUUACAACUGUGUCGCACACAAAUGGUCACUUAUUCGCUCGCCAACGCAACCGACUAUCUGUCCGAAAGCAACGGAUCAAUCUACAGUAACGCUAUCCUCGACCACGAUUUACCACGGCCAGGUCCGCUGCUGCGUGUCGGUGUGCAGUGUACGGUUCAGUUGAGCGAGAAUGCCGUGCCGCAGCAAUUGAAUCGAAUCAUCGAUAUUACCGUACUGGAUGAGAACGAUAAUCGUCCGCGCGUCGAACAUGUAAUCGAUAGACAUAUCGAGCUGCAUUUAGAUGAUCCUCAUAUUAUUCAGGAUCACCCAUUGGCACAUUUAAAAGUCGUAUUCGUGGAUAACGAUACAAUCGCCGUGAACAAUCACGUGCACUAUCAGCUGAUAAACGAUACAUAUAAACUGUUUCAACCGAAUUGUACCAUGUACGAAAUUAAUCGCGUGGCCAACAUCAAACAAACCAUUUAUGCCUGCGCACUAAUCGCUCAGCAAUCCGGGCUACUACCCAAAGGACAGUACUGUGUUACAUUGCGGGCGAUGGACGAGUCUGUUUCGCGGGUAGUCCUUCACAGUUCGAUGGGAAACGUUACAAUUUGUAUCAAUCCCAACCACGAAAAAAUCCAACUGCCUCGGCCGGAAGCACUGAUUAGUGGCGAAAGUUCUGCAGCCGCAGCACAGCCCCCACGUUCCGGAGGAAAAAAGGCUCGUUCGAGCAACAAACUGGUAGCCAAUCUGGCUAAUUGUAGUUACGUCCCGGAGGUCACACUGUACAACACAUCGACGCAAUAUGCACGCGUCGCGGUACCAGAUAAUUUUUACGAUCAAGUGAGGCAGAAUAGAAUCAAUCUGGAAUAUCGUAUUGUAAACAAUCCACUGGAAGCAUUCGGCAUAACCGAGCAGGCAGGUAUAAUUUAUCUUAAAAACGUCACCAGCGUCCGAACGCAACUUGCCGGUGUCGUGCUGCCACUCACGGUUGCCUGGCUGAAUCACACUGCUACUAUCCGAAUAGUUUUACAGCACAACACAAACAAUUCGUGUGAUGCGUUAACAGAUGACUUCUGCUCUAUUCACUCGAAACCAGGUGCUUGCAAUUCUAGCUGUGGAAUAGGCAGCCGAGAAGGCAGUUGUCACUUUCGCAAUCAGGCUCCCCUUAGCGACGGGGCGAGCAAGUUCGUAGAGGACUAUCCCACCUGCUCGCCAGAUUUGACGUUCUGCCCAGACAACGUUUGUGAUCCGCUUGAGGAUAUGGCGUUCAAGCUCAAGUAUCAAAUAUGCCCUCAAGAUUGUACACCGUCAAAUGAAGUGAUUGGAUUGCAUCACAUUGAUUCAAGUCGUUCUCGGGGCAUUCAUAUGUCAUCUACGCCUUGUACUUGUCGUAGUUCGGGACAAUGCGAAUGUACCCUUGCAAUCGGUAUCAAACCUGAGCACCGAAAAGUCAGAACUAAAACAACCCCAACCACUACAACAAGUACAGAGCUACCGACCCUAGUGAGUAACCAAACCGGAGAAUCGCUACCGGCUGCCGUCAGAGACGGGAAUACAUUCUAUCAAACUGGACUGAUUAAUGGUCCCCACGCACCGAUAUAUCUGUUGGCUAUAGUACUCGUACCGAUGAUUGUAGCUGUCCUGAUUGUAUCCUACUGCUUCACGCGCAAAGUUAAUCUGAAGAAAAAACUAGCGGAAGAAAACAGUAUUCCGAUGCACAUGGUUAGCAACGACACAGAGGUGUUCAACAUGGACUUACCGUUAAACUCCCGAAUGAAUGAAAUAAAUUUUAAAAUUGAUUUUGAUUCUAAAUGGGAAUUUCCACGAGCGAAUCUCAUUUUGGAUGUGACCUUAGGUGAAGGUGAGUUCGGUAAAGUUUUGAAAGGAUACGCUACUGAUUUACCUGAACGCCCCGGGAUCACUACAGUGGCGGUAAAAAUGCUUAAAACAGGAGCCAAUUCUGUUGAGUUGCUCGCCCUGUUGUCCGAAUAUCAACUUCUUCAAGAGGUAACCCAUCCGAACGUUAUUCGACUGCUUGGUGCGUGUACGAAAGGCGAUUCUCCUCUGCUAAUUAUAGAAUACUGCCAGUAUGGGUCACUAAAGAACUAUCUUCGUCUUAGUCGUAAAUUAGACGGUCUUGACACGGCGAACUACGAAAACUCAAUCGAACCAAUCACUGUUAAGGACAUUCUUUCGUUCGCCUGGCAAAUCAGCAAAGGAAUGGCCUAUCUGACAGAAAUUAAAUUGGUUCACCGUGAUUUGGCCGCCCGAAACGUACUGUUGGCAGAGGGUAAGGUGUGUAAAAUAUCUGAUUUCGGUCUGACACGAGACGUGUACGAAGACGAUGCUUAUCUGAAGAAAAGCAAAGAUCGAGUGCCCGUGAAAUGGAUGGCACCAGAAUCGUUGGCGGAUCACAUCUACACAACCAAAAGCGACGUGUGGGCUUUCGGUGUGCUAUGCUGGGAACUCAUCACACUGGGUGCUUCUCCUUAUCCCGGAAUACCACCACAAAAUCUCUAUAAUCUGCUGAAACAAGGUUAUCGAAUGGAAUGCCCGAAAAAUUGUUCCGAAGAAAUUUACAACAUUGUGCGCUCUUGCUGGGCCGAUGACCCAAAGAUUCGUCCAUCGUUCAAACAUCUGGCAGGUCAGUUUGAACAUUUACUGGGUCGUAGCGCGAAAUACGUAGACAUGGAACAGAACUCGAUCUCUAAUCCUGUGUACUGCGAGAACAACGAUGAAACGGAUUGCGCGAAGAUUUCGUUCGUGAAGGAAGAGCAAGCACGUCUCGAAAGCCUUUGGAGCACACCUCAGUAUGAGUCGGCAACGGACGGCAGUAGCACCGUCGAUAGCUUUCGCUACCUGUCACCGUUCGCGGACAAGAAGGCGCUGCUACUGCAAAGCUAUGACACACCCCGGCCGCUAAUCGAAACGGCAACCAUCGAGCAAAAAUUGCGCUAUGAAAACGACGUCCGACUACGACCCAAAAAGGUCUUUCCCAACGGUGUCUACCCACCGUCAUCAACGCCAACGUCGGCCACUGUCUACAUUAACUCAUCGAGCCAUCCGAACCUUUUUUCCACUUUAGCAAUUGAUGAAACGUCCUUUAUAUCUACCACGUCUCCAACCGAGUACGAUUCACCCAGUAGGAAACCUCGGCGGGUGUCCUACUUGGACAUGAACAAGAACAGUGUUAAUUUGAACUUAGAGAUUAACAACAUCGUCGAUAAGAAGCAAUCGAAAGAUAUUGCCUUCCGUUUUUCAAGCUCCAGCGACAACAAUCUGCAGAUGAUAGUCACGUCCAGUGCGGAUCCAACGAGCGCCUCAGUGGUCAGAAAUGACCAGACGGACGAAGGUGAUCGUGGGAGAGAUGAAGUAGACUUCCCAUGUAAGAAAAUGAACAGCCAUGAGCUGCUGGGUGCGUUGACCGUCACAUCGACUGUUUAGAUAAAUACUGUCAUUUCCACUUUGUUGAAGUUUUCGAAAUCCUUUACCACCCUUUGAAUAAUCGAAAGAGUAAAUGAAACCAAAAGUCAGUAAUAAGUUGAAAAGUUAUUACUAACAGGACUCAUGUGAGUGGAACCAAUAUGUAGUACCAACUAUUCUAGAGUAUAGACUAAAUAUUUGAUAUAAAUAUUACACUAGUUAUACAGAUGAAAAACCAAACGUUAUGCUGAGCUUAACGAAGUUUGGUUUUUGUACUCGUUUAUUUUUUAUACAUAUUUAUUUUUGUUUUGUUUGCCCUAUGUUCGUUAGGCGUAAUCAAUUGAUCUCAAUUUCAAUGUACCUAACUAAAUACCAAAAAUGUUCUAUAUGUUUCCGACCUAUACGGGUAGCGUUUGCUUUAAAAAAUAUUUAUUUUGUAUGUUUGAGAAACCGAAGACGUGCCAUAUAUUGUUGCGCUUAAAAUAAAACUCGUUGUUUAUUAGAAAAAAUAUAGGUUCUAUAAUCGUUCGCUGAUAACUUUUAGCUAUGUCUGGAACAUUAUCGAAUCGAUUCGUGAGCAUUAUACCCAAAUGCUUUGAGCUGCAACAACGUGUAUGAAAUGCAGCUGUGCAAAAAAAAGACUAUAAAUUAAACCGGGAGGCGAAUAAAUGUAUAAAAUAA